AUGUACCCUCCAGACCUUCCAUCCUCGUCCUCCUUCAUCAUCAACAAUGACGCUUUAGAGUCGACUGGUCUCAACCUCUCAUCGACUUCCGCCCUAGCGACCAUGGGCGCUUCUUUCAUCACCAGCAUGGGUGCGGCUGUAGUCACGCAAACCGCCAGUCUUCCGACGUCACUCCCCAAUACGGCCGGCUCGAAGCCGGACGACGAUGAGAAUAGUGGGGAGUGCAAGUUACUUGGAUCAUUUGCAGUGUUUGUCCAAGCAGCUCUCGGAGCGCUCGCCCUGUUGUCCCUGGUCUACAAGAGAUGGAGAGAGAGGCCACAACGGCCGAUCAAAGUAUGGGCAUUCGAUGCCUCCAAGCAGGUCGUUGGAUCUAUCCUCCUCCACCUGGCCAACGUCAUCAUGGCCAUGUUCUCAGCAGGCCAGAUCCAGGCGACGAUUGCAAAAUCCGCAGCGAGUGCCGCGGGUGUGGACACGGAAGAUCAAUAUCAGCCUAAUCCAUGCUCGUGGUACCUACUCAACCUGGCGAUUGAUACCACGGUGGGCAUCGCCAUUCUCAUUGCCAUCCUCAAAGUGUUGACGGUGGGAGCAAGCUACACUCCUCUGGCGCGACCGCUCGAAUCGAUCCGGUCGGGUCACUAUGGCAACCCCCCGAAAACCACAUGGUGGCUGAAGCAGUGCCUGAUAUACUUCAUGGGCCUGAUUGGGAUGAAAUCGUGCGUUUUCUUGAUCUUUCAGCUUUGCCCAUGGUUGGGUCGGGUGGGCGACUGGGCACUUCGUUGGACGGAAGGCAACGAGGCGGUUCAGAUUGCGUUUGUCAUGUUCAUCUUCCCGCUGAUCAUGAAUGCCAUGCAAUACUACAUCAUCGACACGUUUAUCAAGAACAAUCAAAGGAGCGAUGGUCCAUCUUCUGGGGGUGUGGAUGGUGCAGAAGACGAUGACGAGCAAGGCGGGCUUUUGGCUGACGGACGCGAUCACGGUCACUCGAUCGAUGAGGAUGAGGCAUGCAAGGAUGAUACAACCACUCAGAAACCACCGUUCCAGCGUCACCGGGUUGUCUCGUAUGAUCCGGACAAGGACGGAGAGACCCUUCCGCAAGGUCGAGAUCGAGAGGUGGAAAGCAGUAGCAGGAACAGUCAGACCGCCAGCCUCGAGGAGCAUGCAGAGGGAGAAGGAAUUGAGGAUAGGCCACGUGUGUAA